AUGCGCAAACUCGCCCAAAUGGAAUCCAUCCAGUCGAUUGGCAGGAAUAGAAUCGGCCCAGCCCUCAUCGCCGCAGAGCUGGGGGCUAAAAUUAAUAUCAACUGGUUCUGGCGAAGCGCACAAGUGGAGUUUGAACACCUCCAAAAAUUCUAUAGUCGCUAUCAAGACUCAAUCAUGCCAGGAUCUCCAAUGCCAAAAAUAGUCGACGACGCUCUCGGAGCCCUCGAGCUUGCUCUGGUCAAUGAACUCCACACCCGCAUUAAACAGUUCGGAGCCAUGGUGAUUCAACGACCUGGAUUUCGCAGCAUCUACGACUCAACAACAUCACCUGUCAGAAGCAACACACAACAAUUAAUGUACGAUGUUAAGACAAGGAUUAAGUCACAGUUCACCCAACAGAACAGCAAUGUACCAGUCAGAGAAGCCCUCGCCUAUCGCACAGAAAGGCUUUAG